AAUAAUCAAAAUUAUUUUAAGAUUGAAGCUUACGAUGAAGCACAAAAUAUAAUGCUACAAAUGAAAUUAAAUAAAAAGCAACUCAAAGAAAUGGAAGAAAAAUUAAUCUUGCAAUCUAAAGUACAAUACCUAUUUUAAAAUUCUUUCUUUUUUUAAUUAUUUAAAAUAAAUUACUUGUGGUAAUUAAGUGGUAAUGUUAUUUAUAUGCUAGAUUUUGCAACAGCAAUUGCUAAUUAAUAUGAAUUAUUGUGGAAAUAUAAAUUUUGUUGAGUACAAUAUUGAUUCAGAAAAUACAGUUAUUCAGUUAUGUAAACAAUUCUUGCAAGCAUCAUUGUGUUCAGUUAUGAAAGAGGGCAUAGGUAUAAUAGAUUUAAGAUUACACAAAGUAACAAAAGUAAGCAAUAAAGAAAUUGAUCUAUUAAAUACUUGCAAAAAUAAAAAUUUGCAAUUGGAUGAAUGCAGCAGCAUGAUUUUAAAAAUUUUAGCUUCGCCUGGGGUAACAGAUAUUCAAAAAUGGCCCUUUAACUAUUUUCAAACUGAUUUACUGAUUAAAGAAGAAAUAAUAGUAACUAAUUGCUUGGCAGCAGCAGACUGUGACUGGUUAAAUAAAGUUUUUUCAACAAAGAAAAAUACGAAUAUCCUAAGCUUCUAUAAUAUUUGCGAAAAACAACGUGUUUGUGUACUUAUACAAACGCCAAUUUUCAACUCUAUUGAAAAGUAAUAACAAAAAUGCCAAUUUUAAUGUAUUUCAUAUAAAAAGCAUAAUAUUUUUAUAUAGAAUAGAUAAUGUUCAUGACUGCUUACAUACAAGACAUACAAAUCAUGAGAAUAAUUCAAACGAGAUUUGUCAAUUAUUUAAGUUGACCAAGAUGAACAUAAAAAAUCCUAUGUUUGUAAUAGAAUAUGAAUAUAUAUUACAUGAAUCAACAAAGGAAGAAGAAUAUGAAAAUUGCAGAAUUGCAUGUACCAUAGAUGAUACAAUGUUUAUAUGUUUAUCCAAUUCCAAUAUUAGACGAUGUAUUAGUAAUUAUGGAAAAGUAGAAAUAUAUAAUCUUGUAAAAAUAUCUGUUUCUAGACAAAAUAUAAAUUCAAUUGACAUAGAUUUAGACUUGCCUAACUUAAGAGAAUUUGAUAUUUCUUAUAAUCGAUUGGAUGAAUUUCCAAAUUCAAAAUUUAUAAAAAAUGUGGAAAUAUUAAAUAUAAGCUUUAAUAACAUAAAAUUAUUACAUGUUGAGGAAACCUUACUUUCACUAAAAGAACUGGAUAUAUCAUGGAACUUAUUAAUGUAUUGUCUUCAAUGUAUUAGUAUUUUUAUAACUUAUAUACCCAACAUGUGUAAGCUGAAGAUACAUGAAAAUCAUUUCAAUGAUAUUACUGAUCCUCAAUUAGUAGAAUACUUAUUACAUAUAUAUUUAUCAAAAUUACAAUUUGUUAAUAAUUAUAAUUGUAAAAAUCUUAAUUUAUCCCAAAAUUAUUUUCCAUGUGCUUUUAAUAUGUGUAAACUAAAUAAUAAAUGGCAUAAAAAAUUAGUUUAUUUGAAAUAUAAUACAUUGAAAAAUAUGGAAGAGAUAAAAUUACUGGAGAAGAAAAAUAUAGAAAAAGCAAGAUAUAUUCAUAUAUCACAAAAUCUUAUUGCAGCAUCAAACAUCUUGAAAAGAUUAAAGAAUGUACAAGAACUUUGUGCUACUUGUUGUUUGUUGCCCAUAUUUUCUUUUGCAAAACCUUUAAAGUAUCUGAUUAAAUUGAAUCUUGGAAGUAACUUUAUUUCAAUUUUGGACGAUUUCACUCAAGAAAAUUUUCCAAUGUUAAAAUACCUAGAUUUGACUAAUAAUCUAAUAACAAAUUUGGAAUCAAUGGGAUCAUUCCAUACAUUACAAGAAUUUUACUGUGGAAAUAAUGAAAUAAGAAACAUAGCACAAAUAGACAAUGUUAAAACUUGGCAAACAUUACAUGUUAUAGAUUUUUGUAAUAAUCCAAUAAGUACAGAUACAUUAUAUAAAAAAUUUAUUAUAUUUCACUUGAGUAACAUUGAAGUAAGUAAAACCUUUAGUUUUUCUGGAUACAUAUAUAUUUAAAUAUCAUGCGUAUACUUAUGCUUUCUACAAUUUUGCUAAUAGUAUAUUUCUGGAGAAUAUAUAAGAAACUCUGAUAUUUCUGAAGCAAGAUAUAUAUUUGGCAAUAAAUUUGAUAAACAUGUAUUAAAUAGAAUAUAUGAAACAGAUUACCUAACAAAUAUAACACAACUGAGUCUAAUUGACUGUUCUUUGUCAAAAGUAUGUUAUUUAUAGGAGUAUAAAAAAAAUUAUAUCUAUAUCUAUAACAUAUUGAAUUUUUAUUAGGUGGAUCUUUCUGCAGAAAUUCUACCACAGUUAGAAAGUUUGGAUCUAAGUAAAAAUCAAAUAACUUAUUUAUGUGGUCUCCAUUCCUUUAAGUAUUUGCAUACAUUAUGUUUAAGUUACAAUUGCCUGGAAGCAUUUAAUGGAAAUGAUCAUGACAAAAAUAAUUGUAUAUUUCCAAAACUAUACACUUUAUUUUUAGAUCAUAAUUGCAUUAAGACAGUAAUAAAUAUUAGUAAAGAACAAUUACCCGUGAUUAAACAUCUAUUUUUAAAUAAUAAUUACCUUCAAAGUACCAAUGGUAAUAUUUUAUAUCAUUAAACUAAUUAAUAUAUACUUUGUAUUUUAAUAACAUUACUUAUUGUAAAUAUAUAUUAAAUAUUCAGAAAUAACUUAUUGUUCUACUUUGGAAUCUCUAACUUUGGAUUAUAAUGCAAUUGAAUUAUUAAAUGUAGAAGAUUUUAUCGAAAAUGAUAAUCUAGAGUUUCUAUCUGUUGAAAAUAAUAAAAUAAAAUCCUUGAAAUUUACAAAAUCAUUAAAAAAAUUAAAAAAACUUUAUGUUGCUCAUAAUUGUUUAACAGUAAGUAUAAAUAAAUCAUCAUAAAUGUUGAACUUAAUAAUGAAAAAUAUAUUUCAGGAUGAAGUUGAAAUACAAUAUUUAUUAUUACUGAAAAAUUUAGAAGAAAUAACAUUUGAAGGGAAUCCUUUAUAUAAUGAAAUAAAUAAAAAUAAAAUAAUUGCUCAAGACUUCGGAAUUCAAGAUGCAAAAAUUGAGGAAAUUUAAUUUAAGAACAUUGAAGUUUAGAAAGUUUGCCAUUUAUAUUUUUCAUUCAUUAAAAAUAUCAGUAUUUCACACAAUAAAGAUGAUUUCAUUAAUUCAGAAUAAUUUUUGAUAACCCUAAAGUACGCAAAUAUAACGUUUAUAU